AUGGAGAUGGAACCGUCGAAACUAGUUGUUCGCAAUGAUCUCAUUAUGGAUUUGAUUAUGAAGGAUUUGGUGGAAUGUAGCGAAAUGAGAGGAACAGAUGUAGUACGGCAUUUUAUCGAUAUUCGUCGAAUUUCCAAAGAAUUUGCACAAAGUCUAAGGCGAGUUCUCGCAAAAAGAUUCAAGAAUGUCGUAAUAAGUCGUUAUACACCGCUGGAUGAACGGAAGUGGCAGCAUCCGGCAUUUUUCCACAGAAGGUCGCAUAAACCCGAUGUUGUCAUCAACUCAUGUAGAAUGGAUUGGGACCAAUUGGAAAAAUUUCUGAAAUUUCUGAACACCGCUUUCGGCGUUGAAAUUCAAACGAUCAAGUUUUUUCCAAUUAAUCGCGACACUUUCGCAUCGCCACCGAGAACUUUGUUCAACUUCCACCAAUUUUGCAUAGAACGCCCAACGUACAACGGUGCAAAAAUUUUGUGCAAUCCAAAAAAUAGAGUUCAGGAUUUAUUGUACGAUUUAAAUGAAGAAGAAGUCACAAUAAGUUCUUGGUUUUUGGAAGAGACUGCAAAUAACUGGACUUAUGUCGACCCGGAAUACAUGAACCGGGUUAAGAAGCUUUUGAAACCAAUUAAACCAAAAGUGGUAAAUGCAAUUCUCACUGAUUGUGUUCUCAUCAGAGACAUGGAUCUUCUUUCGCAUGACAUUAUUGUUCCAAAUAUGCAACCGUUGGAAAUUUUCGAAGUGGUUCUUCAAGAGCUUAAGCCAAAAGUGUUGAAUGUCAAGCUUCGCACUGAGUUUGCAAGCUCAUUAGACGAAGGAAUUCGAAUGGAUUGGGACGAUCAGAACUUUUUCAGAACCUUUAUUCUUUAUAAUUCGGAAGAUUUCUCCAUUCCAGUCAAUCCAAGCAUGAAGGGUGUAGAGGACAUUGUUCUCAUCGUUGAUACAACAGGAACGCAUAGCUGGAAUACUACAACAAAUGAGAGCGGAUUCAAUUUCGUUUUUCGCGAUCUUCUCAGUUUAUUCCCAAUGAAGAAAGUUCUAAUUGGAAGAGCAAUUUAUAUACCGGAAAGCACAGGAUUGGUUGAAGCUUUUCAAAAUGAAAUUGACGGCUGCAUGGAAUCGAUAUCACGAGCAUCGGAAGUGAUCAACAACCGACCAAUAUUCGUAAAAAUGUUUUUCUGUCGAAAUAUUGAACUUAUUACGAUUCCAUCAAAUCGUCAUGUGAAGCAAUCUGUUCCGCGGUACAGCAGUCAUCAAAUUGAAUUUGACAACGAGGCGGCCAAAAAUUUCUUUAAUGAAUACUCGUCGCCGUAUCUAGAGGAUCGCUACACGAAUGUUCGCGCCAUUCCGAGCACAAUAAUUCGAAAAUGGACCGUAUCUUACAAUGGUCCACAUGUGAUCCAUUUCGAACUUGUCCUGGCAUUGGAUAUGGUGCACGCUUCCUACGACGACUAA